UGCACGUUUGCAGAAUUUUGGUGUUGAUACCUGGCAGAGAAUCGCUCGAUUAUUUACUGAUUCGAGAUGUUUCUUUACAUUUUAAGCUGGUUUUCUAUGAUCUUCCAUGUUCUCUUCUUGACUCUUGCAUUAGCUGCUGCCCUAUUUUACCUCGCCGAACUUGUGGAGGAAUACACUGUACUAACAGCGAAAGUGAUUAAGGGUAUGGUAGCGGUGACAACUCUGGUUUACAUAGGACUUCUUGUGCUAGAAAGCUUUCCUCUCUUGAUAAUAAUUGCAGGACUCUUUACCAAUGGGCUAUAUUUCCUGCUUCUUAAAGAUUUUCCAUUUAUUGAGCUGACAUCUCCAGUGUUUUUAGGGGGAGUUGCUAUGGUUUUUGUCAAUCACUACUUGGCAUUUGACCACUUUUCCUCCGUUUGGUAUCCAUUUUCUGAGAUCCUAGCUUACUUCACCAUCUGCUUAUGGAUUCUACCAUUUGCAUUCUUUGUUUCCUUAUCGGCAAGCGAAAAUGUAUUACCAACAGCAUCCACAGUUCCAGAGGAUACAACAGAACCAAGCUAUUCUUAUGCUGGCCAAAGAUCAAGUCGCAGACAUGGAAUCCUAGCAUUUUUCAAUUUUUUGUCAAAGAAAACAGAGGGUUAUCUUCCGACGAGGACAAAAUCAUAUUAAGAGCUGAGAGAAAAUUAUGGUAGACAUCUGUUAGAAAAAAUUGAUGUAUUAUUACAGCGUAUAUUAAGUCCUAGGUCCCUGCAAUUAAACUGUUUCUAUGGUACUUUUACAAA